AUGCCUCGCCAGGCCGCCCCGCGGUCGGUGGUGGGGGAAGGUAGGGGGUCCCAGGGGGCUCUGGGGGGCGCCACCACCAUGCUCCGCUCCCUGCUGCUUCACUCCCUGAGGCUCUGCGCCCAGACCGCCUCGUGCCUCGUGCUCUUCCCGCGCUUCCUGGGCACGGCUCUCAUGCUCUGGCUGCUCGACUUCCUGUGCAUCCGCAAGCAUUUACUGGGCCGCCGACGCCGGGGUCAGCCCGAAACUGCAGUGCAGCUCAACAGCGACGGCGAGGAGGUGCCCCCCGACGACCCGCCUAUCUGCGUGUCCGACGACAACCGCCUGUGCACCCUGGCGUCGCUGAGGGCGGUGUGGCACGGCCAGAAAUUGGAUUUCUUCAAGCAAGCGCACGAAGGCGGUCCGGCGCCCAACUCCGAGGUGGUCCUGCCCGACGGCUUCCAGAACCAGCACAUCCUCGACUACGCCCGAGGAAACCGCCCGCUGGUGCUCAAUUUCGGCAGCUGCACCUGACCACCGUUUAUGGCGCGUAUGAGCGCCUUCCAGCGUCUGGUCACCAAGUAUCAGCGCGACGUCGACUUCCUCAUCAUCUACAUCGAGGAAGCGCACCCCUCGGACGGCUGGGUCACCACAGACUCUCCCUACAGCAUCCCGCAGCACAGAAGCCUGGAGGACCGGGUCAGCGCAGCGCGGGUACUGCAGCAAGGUGCUCCCGAAUGCUCUCUCGUCCUCGACACCAUGGCCAACUCCAGCAGCUCGGCCUAUGGCGCCUACUUCGAGCGCCUCUAUGUCAUCCAGAGUGGCACCGUUAUGUACCAGGGCGGCCGAGGCCCCGAUGGCUACCAGGUCUCCGAGCUGCGCACCUGGCUGGAGCACUACGAUGAGCAGCUGCACGGCCCUCAGCCCCGUCGAGUGUAA